AUGAAGAAUUUUCUCAGGAUUUUUACGCUAAUGAAAUCUUUAAAGCUCCCUUUUACUGAAAAUAUCACUGAUGUGUUUUACAGCUGCUGUGGAAUCACUUUAAGCGCAUUAUCAAUUCAAGGUAUUAGCUUUGAAGGCUCAAAUUUUUAUAGAAAGGAAAAUGAUUUAAGAAAGAGUAGAUUUUCAAUAAAAAUAGGGAUUUAA